GACUCUGAAGCUUGUUUGGCUAGUGAAGCUGUAGGCCGCGAGAGUCCCUUGAAGCAACUCUAGGUGAAAGAUGCCAGGUAGCGGCAGCAGCGAGGAGCAGGUGUCUGGUGCUAAAGUCAUCGUCCAGGCCCUGAAAACGCAAAAUGUGGAGUAUAUGUUCGGCGUCGUAGGCAUCCCCGUGACCGAAAUCGCCCUUGCGGCACAGGAACUGGGCAUCCGAUACAUCGGGAUGAGGAAUGAGCAAGCGGCUUGCUAUGCUGCCUCUGCAGUUGGAUACCUAACGGGCAGGCCAGGAGUAUGCCUUGUCGUUUCUGGUCCAGGUCUCAUCCACGCCUUGAGUGGCAUGGCAAAUGCGAACAUGAACUGUUGGCCCUUGAUUGUGAUUGGUGGUUCUUCUGAAAGAAAUCAAGAAACAAUGGGAGCUUUCCAGGAAUUUCCUCAGGUUGAAGCUUGCAGACUAUUUAGCAAGUUCUCUGCCCGGCCAACCAGCUUAGAACAUAUUCCUUUUGUUAUUGAAAAGGCAGUGAGGAGCAGUAUCUAUGGUCGUCCAGGUGCUUGUUACAUUGACAUUCCUGCAGAUUUUGUGACCCUCCAGGGGAACGUGAAUUCUAUAAAGUACAAGGAGUGUUGCCUGCCACCUCCAGUUAGCAUGGCCGAAACCCCUGCUGUAUGUAAGGCAGCAUCUGUUAUUAGAAAUGCCAAACAGCCCCUGCUCAUCAUCGGGAAAGGUGCUGCUUAUUCCCAUGCAGAGGACAGUAUCAGGAAACUGGUGGAGCAGUGCAAUUUGCCAUUUUUGCCCACCCCGAUGGGGAAGGGUGUUGUCCCUGACAAUCAUCCAAACUGUGUAAGCUCAGCCAGAUCCAGGGCUUUGCAGCUUGCUGAUGUGAUUGUGUUAUUUGGUGCGAGACUAAACUGGAUAUUACAUUUUGGACUGCCUCCAAGAUACCGGGCAGAUGUGAAGUUUAUUCAGAUUGAUAUCUAUGCAGAAGAAUUGGGGAAUAAUGUAAGGCCUUCUGUGACUUUGCUAGGAGAUGCAAAUGCUGUUUCUAAACAGCUUUUGGAACAGUUUGAUAAAACCCCAUGGCAGUUCCCCACAGACAGCAAGUGGUGGAAGACUCUGAGGGAAAAAAUGAAGAGCAAUGAAGCUGUAUCCAAGGAAUUAGCUUCCAAAAGAUCCCUCCCUAUGAAUUAUUACACAGUAUUCUACCAUGUUCAAGAACAGUUACCCAGAGACUGUUUUAUAGUAAGCGAGGGAGCAAAUACUAUGGACAUUGGCCGUACUGUGCUUCAGAACUACCUUCCUCGUCACAGGCUCGAUGCUGGUUCCUUUGGAACAAUGGGAGUUGGUUUGGGAUUUGCUAUUGCAGCUGCUGUAGUGGCUAAAGAUAGAAGUCCUGGGAAACGGGUCGUCUGUGUGGAAGGAGACAGUGCUUUUGGAUUUUCUGGCAUGGAAGUGGAAACCAUCUGCAGGUACAACUUGCCAAUCAUACUCUUGGUUAUAAACAAUAAUGGAAUCUACCAAGGUUUUGAUGCAGACACUUGGGAGAAAAUGUUAAAUUUUCAAGAAGCUGUUACAGCUGCCCCUCCAAUGGGUCUUUUGCCAAACUCGCAUUAUGAGCAGGUCAUGACUGCAUUUGGAGGCAAAGGGUAUUUUGUAAAAACACCAGAAGAACUCCAAAACUCUCUGAGGCAGACUCUGGAAGACGCAAGUAAACCCUGUCUUAUCAACAUCAUGAUUGAACCACAGAGCACACGGAAGGCCCAGGACUUUCACUGGCUCACCCGUUCUAACAUGUGAAUAAAUUAGUUGAUAGUUUUGAGGAAUUUUCUCUUUCCAGCAAAGUAGAAUUUACUUUCCCUAGCAAAAUUACCACACUGCCAAAAUUGUAUUUAAAAAUAUUUUAAAUUAUGUUUUAUAGUAAAGAAUUUGAUUAAAAACAGAAAAGAUUUCCAUAAAUUGUUAUGAUUUUGGAUCAUAAAUGAUCCUGAAGGCCAAUGCUAAAGGCUUGGUCACUAGCUGGUGGCACUGCUGGAAGGUGAUGGAGUCUUUAGGAAGUGGCCUAGAGUAGAGACAUUGCUGGAAUUAGGACCCUGGCAUGCAUGCCACCUCCCAUCCUCCCGUCUCUACUUCCCAGAAACCUCUCAUGAAUUUCCUGUCAUGAUAGACCCCAGGCCAAAAGCAAAAGUUGGGCCAAGUGACCAGACUGAAACCUUCACAACUGAGCCAGGAGCUGGAAAGACAACUCAGCAUUUAAGAGUACAAAUUACUCUUGCGGAAGACAUGAGUUCAGCCACAUUGGGUGGCCCAUAACCACCUGUAAUUGAAACUCCAUGGACACCAGCUUCUGUGGGCACCUACACUCAUAUGCACACACCCACACAUAGAUACACAUAAUUAAAAAUAAAGCUUAAAAACUAUGAACCAAAAUAAAUAUUUCUUCCUUUUA